AGAGGGAGGGAGAGAGAGGAGGUGGAAAGAUAAUGUUCGGUUAAAUUAGAAACUCGAAGUAUCUCAGCCAAAACUUCAAGUCUCUCGAUAAACAAACAACCACUUCCUCAUCGUUCUCAUCCUUUUUUUCAUCAUUAUCAUCGUUUUCCUUUUGUUUUCUCAUCUUCUCUUUUUCGAAUAUUUUUCUUAUUAUUCAGUUGCAAUUUUAAUUGUUCCUCGAUUCUCAUCAUUUCUCAAUCAAGGUCCUCUCUCUUUUACUUUCUCCCUCCUUCAAGUUUCAUAAGGCUUUAAUCAUAUUUCACUUCAAGUUGUUCAGAUGAUCACCAGUGAAUCUGUUGAUUACUUUUCACUUUAUAAUUGUUUCAUCAGUAGGUUGAUUAAAUCAUCAUAUCAGCAAAUCCAAGUUUUAAUUUCACGUUGUCUCAUCAGUCCAGUGCUUUGAUUAUAUUAACCAAAUGGAUCCAACUAACGAAUGAUACAACCAUGGAUUAAUUAAACUUCACAUCACGUAAUUAAUUGAUUAUAUAUAUUCUUGAUACUUUAAUCAAAAUUGUUUGUUUUGAUUUUACGACUUAAAUCACUUGUCUCAUCUGUUUGGUGUAUGAUUACAAUUCCUGUCCAGUGGCUUCAAAAUGCAAAGGUCACUGAAAUUGGAAACCGAAGGGUCAAGUGUUGUAAUUGAUUGUGAUGGUGAAGAUGAAGAACUCAGGAAAAUCAACAACGUUAACAACAAUGAAACCAACACCAUCACCACCGUCAAUAAUGAAUCAGAUACAAAUGAAAUUAUUGAUUCAGUUGAAUUGGAAAGUGAUAAUGAUGAUGAGAAUUGUGUUAAUUAUGAUGAUGAUGAUGAUGAGGUUAAAGGUGAUUCUAAUGAUGGUAAUCCUGGUGUUGAUUGUGAAGGUGAGAAAAGAUUAACUGUUAUGAGACAAAAAUUUGCUGUUGGUGGAGCUGAAACUGGAUCAUCAUCCAUUGAGGAUCGGCGUAUGUGUUGCACCAACGUGGCUCUUAUGGUCUAUAAAAAAGCUUGGGAAGGUGCAAGAAAAGCUCUCCCAAGAGCAACAAGGAAUCGUGGUAAUAAUAAUAAUCCCAAUUUGGAUGAUGGUUCAUCUUCAAUAACAACCCCAACGACUUUUAUUGAUCAACGAGGACAAUCAACUGGACGAUCUGAUCCUAAUCGAGUCAUUUCAUUUGAAUCGGAAGAUGAUCCAGCAACUGAGUGUUCAUUUGAAUAUGAAGAUGAUGAUAAUGGUGAUUUAAAGUGUUCUGUUGAAGAUAAUGGUAAAGUUAACGAUAGACCGACCGAAGAUUUUGUUGGAAAUGAUUCAUCAAAUGGUGGACCUGGAGAUGUUGAUCUUGAAUCGUUUAAAAGAGUUUAUAUGACCGAUGUAAUUCCCGAAGAGCCAGAUAAAGAAUCGGCUGCUGUUCAACUUGAGACACAAUUAAAGGAUAAAUUAGAUGAUAAUAGUAAUAUGAAAGAUAAUAGUGAUGCUUCAAAAUGGAGGAGACGAUUUCGACUCAAUGAGAGAGCCAAUGAAAUCAGUGAUCAGCAAGAAAGUUCAAUUGAACAAAAUAAUAACAAUAACGAAGAAACGAUUUCUAAACAAGAUUCAACGACUGAUCCACAAUUAAUCAGUGAAUCAGAUUUGGAUAAACCAAUGUCUAUAUCGGACAUUGAACGAUUUGUUCAAGUAACUUGUGAUCAAGUUAUGUCAAAGGUACGAGAAGAGGGUAUUGGUAUUGGCAGUGAUGACGAUGGAUCAGUGCGAGGAAGUGGAAUCUUCAAAGUUAGACCUGGAAUAAAAUUUGAAGAUUCAACAGACUCGAGAGUAUCGACUGAUUUGACACUUUCGACAAUUGAAAUACCAACGAUAACAAUUACUGAAGAUCAACUAGAUGAUUCAAGUGUUAUUAUUUCGGAAGCGACACUUCAUGAAACUGCAAGUGAAUAUGAAGGUGGUGAGUUACCUGAAGAUGGAGGAUCAACUCAAAGUGGAUUAAAGGGAAAAGCAACUGCCCUUAAAUCUAAGGUUAAAAAAUUGGGAUCAAAGGUGAAAGACAUUUUCAAAAGAGGAAAUACUCCAGAGGCUAGUCCAGCUUCUUCGCCAGUGGGUGAAUAUAUUGACAUCGAAGAGGAAAAGAGGCGUCGAAAAGAGGAAGAAAAAGAAGCUGAGAAAAGGCGGAAAGAGGAAGAAGCUGCUCGUAAAGAGGAAGCUGAACGAAAACGAAGAGAUGAAGAGCUGGAGAAAAGAGCGUUGGAGAUGGAGAAAAAAGCUGGAGCUGAAAUCGCCAAAGAAAGAGAACGACUGAAAAAAGAAGAGGCCAAAAGACUGAAAGAGGAAGAGAAAAGAAAGAAAGAGGAAGAGGAAAGACUGAGAAAAGAAGAGGAGAAAGCACGGAAAGAAGAAGAAAAAAGGAUGAAAAUUGAAGAGAAGAAACGCCGAGAAGAAGAGGAGAAGAGGAAAAAAGAAGAAGAAAAGAUGAGAAAGAUUAGAGAGGAAGAGGAAAAGAUGAGAAUUCGAGAAGAGGAGGAGAGAAAACUAGCCGAAGAAGAAAGAAAACGACAAAUUCAAGAAGAAGAAGAAGCAAGGAAACGAUGGGCCAUCGAAGAUGCUGAAAAACGAAGACGAUGGAUCGAAGAAGAGGCCGAAAAGCAUAGAAUUAAAUUCGAAGAGGAACAAGAACGAAAAAGAAAACAGAAACAAUUGGAAGAAGAAGAGCAAGAAAGAAAACGAAUAAGGCAAGCAGAAGAAGAAGAAGAAAGAAGGAGAAGAGAAGAGGAACAAGAAAAGGAGAAGGAAAAAGAAAAGGAAGAGGAAGAGGAAAAAGCUCGAGAAACACUAAAACGAAAACUCGAAGAUGAGGUCAAAGUGAAAAGUGUCCAACAUGAAGAUAAUGAAAAUAACCUUGACCAAGUAACGACAACAACUGUUACAGUUAUUGAAUCAGAUCAACCAUAUUAUGAAGUGGAUGGUACCAAAGAUGAUAUUAGACGAGCUUCCUCACCUUCGUUGGCCUCAGGUCAAGUUUCGGUAGCAAUGUCAAAGUCAACUUCUCAGGCGACUAUCAUGGUAACAUCACCUCAAGGUAGACGAGAUAAAAGGUCACAAUCUCGAGAUGAGGAAACUUUUGGACAGGCUGGUGAGUCCGAAGGGGAUAUCGAUCCUCACAUGGGAGGACGGAAGAGGAAAAAGAUGAGAAAACGACUUCGUGAUACCAAGAACAAGCUGAUUAACCUUAAAUCGAAAGCACUUGAAUCACUUCCUUCAAUGUCAUCAUUGAAAAGUCGAGUUAAAGAAAUACUCCCAGUUCGUGGGAACAAUAGUGGUGGUCAAGUAUCCGAAGGUGGACAAUUUAAUGAUGAAGAUCCUGCCUAUUCAAUUCACAGAGAGCAAAAAGUUUUCUCAGAGUAUCGAAAACGUUAUCCAGAUUCUGAGAAUGAAUUUUUCUCUGAUUCUGAGUUAGUUGAAUCACGAAAAUCAACAUUGAAAGCGAUGUCACCCGAUUUAGAUGGUAUGCCGGAUGGUAUGUAUGUCGAUAUGGAUGCAACUGCCGAUCGUGUUCAAAUGUUAUUAUCGCCUAUAAAUAGUCCACUAAGGCCACCAAGAAAAUCUGAUUAUGGUGGCGGAGGAAUGGGCUCAUCUUUUCACACUUCAGAACCCAAUAUAAGUAGGACGGGAACACAGAAGCCUAAACGAGCCCCACCACCACGACCUCCUCCACCUGAGGUUGACAUUUACUUGGUUAGUUCAACAAUGCUGAACACAUCAGCCACCGGAUCAACGGCAACAUCACUAGGCGCAUUGGAAGAGAUUGACUUGGCCAGUUCCGCUCGUGAUCUAUCCGAGUCAUUCAUUUCGACCAAAAAAGAGCCUGAAAAAAUACCAGCCUCUAUUUAUUACCGUAAAGUUGUUCGUGAUUGGCAAGAGCGACAUUUGAAGAAAAUGGAACAUGAAAUGGUUUCAGCUUCGUCUCCAAAUUUGGAGACUUAUCAACGUCCACCUCGACCAGGCCGUCAACCUCCUCGUAUUCCUCCUCUUCCUUUAACCACAGACCGUCCUCGACCUUUACCUCGACGAAAAUUGUCCCGAACAGGCUCUUUGCGACAAAAGAUGAUUGAACAACAAAAAAACGAGGAAAAUAAAGAAAACACUUUCGAUGGUUAUGAAACUUUAGGAACAAAACGAGAAUUUGAUCAUCCACCAUUACCAGGUAACUCUGGACUUCCACCUUUACCUCCACCUCGAUUUCGAAACGAUCGUCGAACUCCACUAUCAAAAUCUCCUUAUAGUACUUUACAUCGUCGACAAUUACAAUUACAACAGCAACAGAGACAAAUUCAACAUGAUUACUUAUUGACUUCUGAUCGAGCAAAUCUAGCCACCGAUGGUCUUUAUUGGAAGCCAUUUUCUUGGAAAACUGGACGUUGUCGAUCACUAACUGAGCUUUAUGUUAGAAAACGGACUCAACCACCCCAAGGACCUUCAAGUUUAAAACCUUCUGAGAUCGGAUCAUCUGAACAUUCUUUAAGUCAAGAGCCUUUAGAACAAUCUCUUUCAUACCGAUUAAUGUCACAAUACUGUUCACCUCCACGACCACCCCCACCAACGAUAAAAACCGAAUCCGCUUCCGAUGAACUACUAACGAAUCUUAUUAGUUCAAUAGAAGAUCAAAGGACGACAGUUGAACCACUUUACUCAACAAUAGAUCGUAGUAAAAAACUGAAACGUGACAUUGGACUAAUGGUACUUGAAGAAUCAAAUGGCGGUGAUACUUUAAUACAAAAUCGACCUUUACCCGCUCCACCUUUGCCUCCUCGAAGUAAACGAAAAAAUUCCUGCUCUCGAUCUCGUUCAAAUUCACCUUACCUUAGUUUAACCAAUUCUUCUGUUGACCUAAACCGACCUGAUGCAACAAUCAUCAGGCCAAUUUCACCAUAUCCACCAUUGGGUAUGGUGGAUGUUUCCGUUGAAACAGGAUCACAAUUAAUUAAUCCUUCACCAAGUAAAUCAAAAGAGUGUCAAACAUCAUUGGAGGACAUUGUUGUUGACAAACAAUCAAAUUUAACCAAUAGUGAUAAUAAUUUAAGAUUAAUUAAAGACGCAAAAGAGUCUCAACUUACAUUUGAAAAUAUUGAAGGCUAUUUUGAAGAUAUUGAUGGUCGUGAAUCGAUCACACCAACACCAACAACAAUAGCAGAAUCAGCAAUUACCAAAAAUCAAAUCGCAAUUAAGGUAACACCUGAACGAGAAGUGAUAUUAAUCGAUGAUUCUAAACAACCCAACGACGUUUCAACCAAAAUUUGUCAACUUAAACGAACGAAACUUUCAUCAUCAUCAUCAUCUAAAGAUCAAUCACCUCCUUUGGUAACUGCAAACAGUGUUAAUGAUAAUAACUCUGUUCCCAAAGUUGUCAAUCAACCCUCAGGUCAAGAUUCGAUGGGUCGACUUGAUGAUGAAGGUUCGAAUCGGACAAUGACCAGUUACUAUGACGCUGAAGAAUGUGACACCGAUAUGGAUACUUUUACCGAUCUUGAUUCAAUAUCGACCGAAACAAAUGCAACUCUAACAGCUUCCAGUCAAUUCCAUUCAGUUUAUUCUGAACCUUUAAUUUCAUCAACCACCACAACCACAAGUCAUUAUGACACCGAUGAGGGAGAUAGUAAAACAAUGGAAAUUCCUUGUCAACCAUCAAUCGCCGCUCCCUUAGUACCUUCAAAAGGUAAAAGUGAAGAUGAGAAUAUCGGAAAUGAAGAAAUGACACAAUCAUCAUCAUCGAAAACCGUUCCAUUGGUUGCUGAACAUGUAACCAUAGAGGAAGAUUCUGAUGACGAUAUGUUACAACCUCGAGUUGCCUCACCAAGCGAAAUGAGAGCUUAUAUUUCCCGAAGACGAAUGCGACCCGAUUCAAUGGAUGCUUCAGAUUCUGAAUGACUAAAGUAUUUAUUACAUAUAGAUGUUUAAUUGAUGUUACCAAAUUAUACUCGAGAAUAUGAAAUUGAUUAUAUCAACAAUCAAACCGAAAUCUCAUUGUGAGAGUACCACAAUUUGGAUUAUAAAGAGAAACACACAAUCAAUAAUGGUGGAAACAGUUUAUCAGAGAAAAGGAAUUAAAUUUUAAUCGAAGAAAAUGACGAUGAUUUAAAUCUAAAAUUAACAAAUUUAAAAAUUGUUUUUAAUUGGCUUCAGAAUGUUAAGCAAUUAAUCAAAAACUGUAAACAAAAAGUUAAAUCAACAAAAAAUCCCCUUCAUUGUUAUAAAUCAAAAGAUAAUUAAAAUAGUGUUAUUAUUAAAAACAACACACACACACAAUCAAUUUGAUGAGAAUUUAAUUCAA